AUGACGAGAAGGGAAAUACGAACAUAUUUUGGCGUUGACACACAUGAAAAAGGUAUUAUAUUUGUUAUCAUUUACACUGCAGAAUGAUAUCAUCCCCUACUGGCGAGCCAACAACGGCUAAAUUGAACGAUGAUUUUUUAAACUAGGCCAAACUGAGUUUAAUUGCGACUUCUUUUAGAGAUCACAAUUUUUUUGAAAAAUCACAAAAAAAUUGUGAUCAGAUUCCUUUACGGAUAAGAUGAAAACCUCUUAAAUUUGCCCUCUCCUCCCAAUUGUGACUUGGUAACUCAGUGGGUAGCCGUGGGCCAACGAGUAUUUGAGAGGCACUGGAUUGAUUCCUGUUGUUUGUUAAACUUCAUUAUUAGGGGUAGCAAAGGGGAGAUCCUGAUCCUCCUCACGUAUUUUUUUAAAACAAAAUGUACCAAAUUAAAAAGAGAAACCUCCAAUUUCUCUUCUCAAGUGCGAGGUUUCAAGAAAUCUCGAGGUUUUCACGAAAUGAAAGUAAAAUUCACUUCAGGAGGAAAAUCACAACUCACUCAGGGUCUUCAAUUUACGAUUCACUCUCGCCUAUUUGUAAAAUUUACGCGUCGCAUAUUUAUUUUUGCCUUAAAAUUUUACGCGUCACGUAUAAACCCUUUGCUACCCUCUUUUUUUCUGAAAUUUCAAACCACCUGUGAAGAUCAUUUCUUUGUUUGAUACCUUAGGGAUCUCAGAUAUAUGAGACUCGUUAAAAGUGUAUUCCUGUGUUGCCACUAGUGGAGACGCUCUACUGAUUCUUAUCAAUUGGUUACGGUACUUACCUUUCAAAUCCUGAUUCCUAAAUUAAACGCUCUCAAUUAAAAGUGAGAACUGAAUCUUGCUGAGUGGACAAAUCUAGUCCUUUCGCCUUUUCCGUGAUUAUACCAAAUACCAAUGAGAAGAGAGAAAACACUGAUUUUAAGUUUGAAUUUUUCGUCACUCCCAUUACCGUGUGAGUUUUCUCAGUACCGUCGAGGUCUUGGCUGCUGUUAUGAUAAACAUUUUUGCCACUUUUAGAUUUCACGGCAAUAACUCAUAUCAGAUUUAAGGGUGUUAAUAAACGACGGCGACUGUGUGUUUCGUUAAUCCUUUUUUUUUUUUUAAUUAAAUGUAGUUCCCGAGUAUGACGUCACAAGCCCGUUCCAAGCGGAUGAAUCUGGAAACUUUCUCAGCUACAAGCUGCAUGAGCAUGCGCGACGAAAGAGAGACGCCAAUCAUGACGAACCAAAUCUUUGGUACUAUCAAGUGCAGGCAUUUGGUAUUUCCCUUCAUUUAAAUCUCACCAAAAAUAAUAAUCUCCUAGCGCCCGGCCUGGUGGUUGAAAAGAUAAAUAAGAAUGGCGGCAAGGAAUACAGUGAACCGCCACACUCCGCCUUCUACGCUGGACACGUGACUUCAGAUCCCAACUCAGUGGUUGCAAUUGGCAACCAUGAUGGACUGGUAAGUAGAGCUGCAUUUUGAAUCUACUGUCGACAAAAAUUAAUGGUGAAGGAUAUUCAGAAGAUGUGUUUUUAAUUCAAAAGUAACAAAACUCGAAAAUUUAAAAAUAUUUUUUAACUGAUUAUUAACUCUAUCUAUCAGUGAAUUAAGAAAGUAAGUCUCUAAAGAAACAAUCGUGCUUCGUUGGUGGGGUAAUAAUGAAGAGCUGACAUUCUGACGAUGGGUUAACGCUCGAAAUGUCAGCUUCAGAAACUCUUUACGGAGGCCAAUUUACAUUAUAGCGGAGCUCGCAGAGCGUAGCCCUAUAACUAUACAAAAUAGUAGUAACCCAUCAAGCCGAAAAAAUUUGGAUGUACGACCCUCCGACCGUACGACCGCACAAGGUGCUACUUUUAACAUGCGUGGUCAACUGUACGGCGGUACGCCAACGCCACGGCUUUGUUCAGUAGUCCAGUGGUCAGUGCACUGGGCUCCGAGUCGGACGACCCGGGUUCUAGUCCUGGCCGGGGCAAGGCAUUGUGCCCUUGAGACGUGCGGGAAAAAAAAUGUGAGCUCCGUCUUUAGGCUUGGCUAAAUCUAUAUAUUAGACUCAUUUGAUAAAACUAAAUUUUCUUAUCAGCCUCGAUUUUAGUUUGCAAAUUGACUUAUUAUGAUUUGUUUUUGUUACACAAUAACUUAUUUCAUUUGAUGAAUAGUUAUUCACGUAUUAAUUCAAUUUCAAUCUCACGUUUGCUCUCGGAUUUUACUGUUGGUUAACAAAUGGAUUCAGUCUUUUUAUUUGUUUUUUUUUUCAUUUUGACAUGUUUCCAGAAAGGAAUUAUUAAUCACUUUGGAAGUUCCUUCUUUAUGCAACCGUUACCUUCCCGCCUCGCAAGGUACCAUGGUGUUUCUAGUGGUUCUCAGCCACAUCUCAUUUUCCGGCGAUCUUUGGAUAAUGAAGAGAGCAGAUUUGGAGUGAUAGGUGAGACGUAUAUUAGAAAGCCUCAACGAAGGUUGGGAGGUACUCGGAUAAAUUUUUGCUGGGUCGCUUGCUUCUCAGAACACUUACCCAAUAAUAGUCUAUUCUUUGGCCAUUUAUAGGUCUCAUCUUAGUCACGUUUGGUAGAAACGAAUCUUCUCAUUUUUAUUAUCUUUAUACCACAAUUUCUUAAUCCCAAAAAUGUGCAACCUCAUUCUUAUAGCUCUAUUGAAACGCAAUUCCAUUAUUAUCAAAAUGUAACCUCAUCCAGCGGCACAUCCCCAUCAGCCAAUUACAAGGAAGAUACACGUAACAGGGCUGUUUGAUUGACACCUGACAGGGAAGUUUGCCCUCGGUUUAAGCCCCCCCUCUUGGUCGAUUCCAACAAACUUGUCAGGAAACAACCACUGACAAUCUUUGUUCUCUCGUUGAUAUCUUUUCGUCUCUUUAAGUCUCUCAUAAAGAAUAGACUCACUCGUAAAGUAGUGAUUGUAAAGCGAGGUUCUUUGCUGAAUCGUCCAACGUUCAAAGCGAAGCUUAACCACCCUUCCCUAGUGUCAUGUUUUCUGACACUUUGUCAAUAACAAAUUCACUUGCAGUCCAAGAGGAAGAAAAACGUUCGAGCUGUUUGCAUCAUCGACAACCCAGCUCAUAGGAGAUCGUUCUACGACCUUAGAUUUUAACCUUACGAUGUUACUCUUCUUUUUUUUUUUUACCUUGAAAUAGAAACACAGUUGAAAAGGAAAUCAUCAUUAGAUAAGGAAACAAGCAGAAGCUUCUCGAGUUCUAGAAAAUCAAGAUCCGUCCCAGACAAACAUCUAGAGGUUCUACUGGCAGCUGAUCAUCUGUAUCUGAAUAAAUUCCACAGCGAUAAAGAAGCCACAGAUCUGCUUUUAACACUAGCUAAUAUUGUUAGUACCUCAUAUUACUCUCCUCGUUUUGUCGUCUGUUUAUUUUUUUAUUUAUUAAAUCAUUAUUAACACAUUUACAUAUCUAUGAUAUCUAUUAAUCUAUUUAUCGUAAAGCAUUUAAUAAACUUUAGGCGGCCGACUUACACUAAAGCAAUACCUACCAGUGACGUGGCACCAGGUCCUCUAUUCAUCUAUCUCUCUGUUCAUUGAAUUAAUUUCUCUGCCGUGUUUAGUAGGCUGCACGGGGAUACCAAUUUUUUAUGGUGUCGGCUUUACACGUUGAAUCUGUUAGGUCUCGCGAACAGAUUACACGUAUACCUCCAAAUUUACGAUACAAGAUCUUGAUACUAUUGAUUUUUGAUUUGUGUUUUAAUCCUUGAUAAACCUGUCGUCUGUACUUGUGGUGUUCAACUGUUGAAGGCGCACUGGGAAAAACUGGGUGGGAAUUUUUAAAUGGGGACUGGCUGGUAAACUGAAAUAUUAAAAUUUUCAUAAAGAAUACACAGAUCAGCGAAUAAUGGAAACAGCGUUUUCUUUUCUUUAAUUUCUUGUGGGACAUGAUGGCUAAUGGCCCUUAGUUCAAUGAACUCACCCAGUUUUUUCAAUACCGCAUCUAAACAUGUAGAGCCGAACUUUUAUUUCAGGUAAACGCAAUGUAUCAUGACGAAAGCAUUGGGGAUAUCAAAGUGACCGUCUCAGUUGUGAAGAUAGUACUGUUUCAUCAUGGCGUGAGUAUUACUGGCAUAAUAGCGCAUGCCAGGAAAUAAGAGGAUGUAAAAUUUGCUAAACAAAAGUGAGGAGGGAAAGUACUGACUGUGUUCGGUUCAAUCCUGCCUCUGUGCCCCGGUCUAGAGCUCUUCAGUUGUAGGAACUGAGUAGCCAGUCCGAUCAGUUUUAAGAAGAAAUGGUCAGUUGUAAGGAUUGGUUUCAUGGAAGUUUCAGAUAAACACCGGUCCUAAUAUGUGAGCCAUUGGUUUAUGGAAAAAAUUAUUGUUUUAACCAAGUAAAUAAAAUAUGAGGUGAGCAAGCAAGCAAAGUGCUCUUUCUUUGGUAACCCUGCAACCUUGUGCGACACCAAUUGCUCUUUUUUCUUUGUACUAAUAACCAUUUCCUCAGGAAUAAACAAGGAAGAAUAAGACAGAUUUAUGUUUUUAUACAGCUAAGUUACACUAGUAAGGCAACUUCAGGACAAAGGCUGAGUGCCAUGGAAGUUUGGAUUGGUGGUAAUAUGCCAGAGCCAGACGCUGAUAAAGAACAUGGAGACCAAGUUCUGCUUGUCAGCGGGUGUGUAUAAUAAUGCUUCGAUUAUCUUGCUCGUACGUUGGUUAUUUAAUUCGUUAAUUAUUUUAUAUAUCGGUCUUUUAUCUACCCAUAAUUCUGAACAUCUAUCUAUUCCUGCCUCCAAUCGAUUAAUCAAUUAAUAACUUUAUUUAAGUGUCAGUGAUAUUUACCCGGGGAAAAAAGCUCUACUGAUUUGGGACACUAAGUGACAGCAUUAAUGGAUUUUGUCAUUCACUCGUUUGUUUUUCGAUUGCUCAUCUCGUCUUUCAUCGGUUGAUUUAUCCAUUCACUUAUCACAUAAUUUAUUCAUCUAUUUGUCUGAACAUUUAAUGUUCCUCGUUUCUUUUGUCAAAGACCAACGCUUGUCAAUGAUUUUACUAGGUUGUUUUUCUUAUGAAAAGGCCAUUUAAACCAAUCUUCAAAACUCAUCAUUACGUUUUAUUUUCUUGUUUUUAUUAACUUUUGUCUUUUUUCAUCUUCUAGGCAAGGAUUUGGAGGUAAGCCUGCCAUCUAAGGUUGAAGGGAAGUUAUUCUUCUUUUCUUUCUCUUUUUUCUUUCUCUUGUUUGAAAAAGGUCCAAAGUACAUAGGAAUGCUAGAGUCAUUUCCUGCCGAAAAUUUUUUUUUUCUGCUCCUUUUUACCCCGAGCAAAAGACAGCACCACAUUUCAACUUUUUUCACAAACUGAGAAUCUAGCUAUUCUUUAUCACUACAGUCGGGCAGUUGGCAAAUCAUAUAUACAAGAGAUUAUCACCUGCUUAUCUUUUCUUGAAGUGCAAUGCUUAGUUUUUUGCUAUUUGCUUAUUUAACUUUCCCAGUUCUCAAAGUGUUAUUACUUGAAAACCAUUUCCGUAAGAUUUCUAUCUUGAAGAAAUGUAAAAUGGUUUCCGUGUUUACAUAGCCUGAUGUAAACACGCGGAAGGUUGGGAGAACACGAGAUAAGCGUAGGAAACCACGACGCGAAGCGGACUGGUUUCCAGCUUAUCGAGUGUUCUCCCCACCUCCCAAGUGUUCACAUCAGGCUAUGUAAACACGAAAACCAUUUUAUAAAAUAACUAAUGAAAGAGGAACGAAAACUGUGUUUACAUACGCUCAUGUAAAAUGGUUUUAUGGCCAAUCAGAGCGCGCGUACUAUUUGAAUUAUUUUAUAAUUUUCGAUGUUAGAUAAAGCUAGCAAGAUUCUUUACGCAUUUUAUUGUACAAUCUCCUGUAUUCAAUAAUUCUCUCUCAGGCUUAGCUCAAAGUGGAUCAACCUGCAAGGGGUAUGGGGCAAGUGUAAGCAAUGGUGACCUGGGCUUAGCGACCGCCUUAAUCAUGGCUCACGAAAGUGCACACGCGUAUGUAAACUUGUAUACCAUAGUUUAAUUAGAAAUAUUAUAUUCGAUGAGAAUCUUAUGCACGCAUAGAAAUCAAAUCAUAACUAUUGACUGUCUUCAAAUUAUUUAUUGUUUUUAAAGUUUCGAUACACAUUUUAUUGCACUUGCACAGAAAAAGACCUUAAAGGAACCGGUCAUUAAUAAUCUCCCGGGGAAGGGGAUAAUUUUUAUUGUAUCACGACAAAAUUUACCUGAUCCCCGAUAACGCUCUGCAAUAUUCUCAUGUUCCCGUCUAAUAGGCAGCAGUUAAUUAGAAGUAAAUGUUGUAUAUUUUCUCCUUUAUACUCCGUUGGCAACGAUUUACCCUUCCCCCCCUACCCUCCGUUCUGCCUGAAAGCCCCUCCCCCUGCCCCCAGGCAAUAAAUAAUGACUGCUUCCUUAGUGGGGGUUCUUGAGUGGGAUUUUAAUAGCAAUCCGAGGUAGAUCUUACUUUUAAACUUUGAUUCCUUUUGCGAAGUUACGAUUGUUCUAAGGGAGGAUAUAGUUUAUUACAGCGCCUAUCAUUAUCCAUGGCUGGUUUGACAGUUAACCUCAGUUGAUCAGACCUAAUCGAGCUUUGAAUAACACAGCCCAGGGGUUAAUAAGGCUCUGAAUUAGUAACCCAGGUCAAAGCGGCACGCAUUCAGAAACGGAAUGAGACAUGUUCUGGGUGUAUACGCUAACUUUUUACGACAGAGGACUUGAGAUUUGAGAGUAGAGCUGAAAGAGAUUUUCUAGAUUAAACAAGUUCAAAUGACAUCUAAUGGUGCCGACAAAUCCUACUGUCGCUUCAAUUUGCACUUUUCAUUCUUUCACUUUCCUUUAGCCUUGGUGUUGGUCACGACGGUAACAAAGAAGCUGGUUGUCCAGACAACACGUUCAUCAUGUCCACCACAACAGCGGGAGGGAAAAAUGCCUUCAGGUGGUCUCCCUGCAGUAGCGCUACCUUACAGUCUUUCCUAAGGUAAAUGUUCUAUCAAUUCCUAGGAUGGGGAUAGGGGGCUUAUUAAGGCAAAAAACAUAGGGCUUCCAAAUAAGGGGUGGGGGUAGUUGAAUUCCCCUCCCCCAAGGAGAGGGGGCAAUCAAAGAGGGGGGGAGCGGAGCUUCGUAAAAGCCCACUCUUGGCCAUAAUGCAAGUUAUUUGUUCUUCGAGAUUAUCGUCCGAAUUUACCUAAUACCUUGAUAGCAUCCAUGUCUUUAGCUGCAAACUUAUGACAUUCAAAACUUUUAUUGUACUGGUUCUCAAACACAAACAUUUUUUGGAUUUCAAAGUCACCCGGCCCAAAAGAGUAAAUCUUUCUCCUGAAUAGUUUUUAAUCUGGCGAAGAAGGAGGGGGCGGACUUUUUUAGAGAGAGGGAGACUUAUUUAAAAGACGCCUGAAGUGUUAGACAGGUGCACUUACUAGAGCCUUAGUUGUAAUUAAGAGAAUCAUUCCUUGAGUAUUGGCACAUCAGAUUAAUCUAAACAAGGAUUUUUGACUUGUAACCCUAAUGUUUAUUCAGUCACUUGAUGUUUCGAGGAAACAUGACUUUAAAAAUGCUGAAGUUUUAUUGUUAGGGCUUUUUUUUCGCAAUUGGGAAAAGGAUUUCUUCAUAAAUCCAUGUUUUUUCAAUACAUUUCCUUCCUUCUAGCGGUUCAUCUUCGUCUUGUUUAAACGACCACCCUCUCAAAGAUGUUUCCGGAUCAAGAGCUAAUCAUAAUAAAUUACCUGGUCAAGUGUACGACAGCGAUGCACAAUGCGCACUUCAGUUUGGUGCCAGCUAUAAACUGUGUCCAAGGAUGAGGGUAUCAAGAUAUUCAUAAACUUAAGGGACCAGUCACUCUGUUGCACCUGGAGGGGUCGGAGAAUUUUUUGUUUGUAUCAAGAUCAAAUUUACCUGAUUCCCCAUUAAGGCUCUGUAAUAUCGAGUGUCGUUAACCAAAACCCAAGAAACGAACACCACACAUCAGUGCAGAAAUUAACAUGUCAAAGAACUAAUGUAGAUUCAAACCUAAAGCAUGUGAAGGAUCUUAAUCGCGGGGAAUAGCGGGUGACCAGUGGAUUUGGAUUUUCAUCUAAGAGGACGUUGCGAGAUUCUUAGACCAAUCACAGUACUGUGAGGCAAACUGAUGUGUUCCAAACUAUCUUUACCCGGCUUCGGUUGGAAAUUCCCGUAAUGCAAAUUUGAGUGAACGCUGAUGAGAUUUUAGUUUUGAAAGGAAGAUGCACAACACCUAUUUUGUUCUAUGUGAUUCAAAGGGAGUUAUACUUUUCCCAUUUUAACUCGAAAAUAAAAUUAUAACAAUCAUCAUUUUGUUUCCUCCAGUCGAGUUGCGGCUCUUUGUAUUGCACAAAGAACGGCGGUGCCUCUUGUGUGAGCAGCGUCGUGCCACAAGCAGAUGGUUCAAAAUGCGGUGAAAGACAGGUAAACAAUAUUACAAAGCUGCAUUUGUGCUAGAAUAAUCUCUUCCACAAAAUGUCCUCUCUCAAAUGUUCCUCCAAUUUUACUUCCUUGUUCUUUCGUGUACCUUCAUGUUGCACUAAUUGAUGUGUCCUGCCUGUGAUCAAAAGUGGUGCAUUAAAGGAGAAUGCGUUGAUGACGGAUCGCCGAUGAUUGACGGAGGUUGGAGUCAGUGGUCAAGCUAUGCAGAAUGUUCAUAUUCCUGUGGUGGUGGUGCACAGUACAGAACAAGAACUUGCACUAAUCCCCCGUAAGUAUAUAUGUAUUCUUUUUCAACAGCAAUUUGUGAUCACAGCAUUUACUUGACAUAUAUUUAUAUGAGGUUUAGUAACCCUCCAGCCGAAAAUAGAUGAUGGCCCUUCUAGCCUGUUUCUGUUUGUUUAUGAAUAAUCAGUCAUAAUUUAUCAUGAGUCCUUUUAAUGAGACUGAGAGGCAUAAAGCACACCCGUGUCUUUACUGUUUUUGCACAAUUGGUUUUAGAUUGGGGUAGGAUUUUUUAAGGGGGUGGGGGCGUUCUCACUCUUUCCUUAUCUCUAUGUCUGACUAUUGUCCGUCCGUCCGUCCGUCCGUCUGUCCGUUCGUACGUUAGUUUGUUUCGGUCACUUUUUGUUUGUCUCUGUCUUUUUCUGCUGUAAUUGUUUUGCUUCUCAUUUUUCUGACUAUUUUGUAGACCUAAAAAUGGAGGCAUGGAUUGCGAAGGGGAGAGUGUAGGACAUUGGAGAAUAUGCAAUCCAGAGGUAAUGAUGAUGGCGGCAAUAAUGAAAAUGAUGAUAGUUAAAUAAUGAUGAUAAUAGUAAUCAUUAUGAUUAUUAUUAUUAUUAUUAUUAUUAUUAUUAUUAUUAUCAUUAUUGUGAUAAGAAGAAUGUUGAUUGGGUGAGAUAAACUUUAUCAAAAGUGACAUUGCUGCAUAGCCUUGUGACCAUAGUUAUUAUUUAUAGCGGCAUUACGAGACUAUCUAAAGCAACAAAUAGAUCACAGCCGACCCACCUUGACUGACAAAUCGAAACUGAUCACAGAUUACAAAGGCCGAAAGCAACUUGGGUUUUAUAUGCGGGAAGUUUCAUAUGUUGAUCAGUUUCAACGAAGCAGAACUAAAAAGUACGAAUGAAAAGCAACUCCCGCUGAACCAACAUGAUAAUGUUUUCCGACCAAGCUAUGGAAACGUCGGUCACUAUCGUAGACAAAAAUGUUUUUGACGACUAAUUUCAGCCGGAAAACGACAAAUAAAAAUCGUUUUAGAAUCUCAUCAGUAAGAAAUCUACUCUGACUGUAAGAUCUGUUAUGGCAGGCUUGUCCAGAGGGAACACCGACCCAUCGAGAGGCACAAUGCACCGCGAAAUGGUCAAGAUCAUAUCCCUAUAAGUUACCUGGUAAGUAUAAUGUAUCUUAACAUUCAAAAAAGGGAGCUAUGAAAUUUUGAUUUUACUACAUUUGGGAAAUAUAGAGGCCGUCAUCUCAAAGUCUUUCACGGUCAAAGUAUCCCGUAGAAAUUAACCUUGAUCUUACACGUCUUUCACUUGGAAUUCUUUGGAUAUUUGCAAAUCUCGACCAUCUUUGAAUCUUAUUUCUGGUUGACUCCUACCUCUUUGAUGAUUAGCUACCUCACGAAAUAUUACUUGGAGAGUCCGAUCUAUCUUAGGGGAGUCUCUUGGUGCAGUUCAUAUAGACUAAGCCUCAGCCUUUCUCUUAUGUAAAAACACAACGAGUUCUUUCUGAGCGAAAACCAACAAAGCUACAUUACUGAGGAAAUGGAAAGACUAUCAUCUUCGGCAAAAAUGGUUUGGGCAUUCAUCUCGACGUGGUAGUCGUGAAAUGAUAGCUUUACCUGCCCCUUGUGCACACUUCCGUUACGCAGCGCCUUCCUUAGGGAGCGUGUGUUACGCAUUAAGACUUAACAAGGAUUGCGAAAGGGACUAUUUUCCUUUCCAUUUUGCGACCUAUAUUGAGAGAAAAAAAUUAAAGGAACAUUUUAAUGGGAAAAGGAAAAUAUGAGGAAGCGCUGUUUCCCUGUUCUUCACUCAAAAAAGGAAGUGUCCCAGGAAAUUACUUGGAGAUUUUAAUAGAAUUUUUCACCGUGAUCUGGGAUUGUCCCUAAUACAUAUAUCGAUAUUUUACAAAGUAUUUAAAGUUUUUUCUUCUGUUUUAUUCACGGCAGACAGACAUCCUUGUCAGUUGGUCUGUAAGUAUGGAACCGAUGUCCGGCCAUAUGGAACUGUGAAAGAUGGAACACGAUGUAGCCUGGACAGAAAAAUCAAAGAUGUUUGUAUCGGAGGCAAAUGCAAGGUUCGUCAAUAAAUUGAAAAAAAUGGCAUUCUUAAAGAGGUUGUCCAACUUGGCUUUAGAUUUAAGAACGACAAGUUUUAAAGGCAUUCGACACAAACAAAACUAUACAUCAUAAAACUGAGUAAGAUCAAUUUAAACAUAAUUUCUAUUAAUUCAUUAAAGUAAUCGAUACCGAUGACAGCUCUAUCGAUGACAAGUUGAAGAACUUACCCACUUAAAAUUAUUUUAAUUGUAGUCUGUUGGUUGUGACAAUAUUCUGGAAUCUGGUGUGAAGUACGACCGCUGUAAAGUUUGUAACGGAGACAGUACAACCUGCAAAAUGGUCUACGGCAAAGUACUAACGCCCUGUAAAGGUUUGUUGGAACACGGCUGAUCGCAUGAAUAGAUGAUAAUUGUUUCCUGAAAAGCACAUUAUCAUCACUCUAUGCAGGUUUAGAUUGGUUCUCACUUGUGAUUUAUUGGAGGCUAGGUACAAAGAUUAAGACCUCAGUGAGAAAUUACUACAUCAUAAGAUAGCAAUCUGGAAUGAGAAAUACAGCUUUAGAAAGUCUUUUGUUCUUGCUCUCGCUUUUGUUCUUUUGUUCGUUCAAUCCUGGCAAUCACAACUCAGAGCAACAGCUAUGAGCAGUUAACUCAUUUGAAACCGAUCUUGAAGUGGAUGACAAACCAUGUAGAAGGUUAGAUUGAUAACACGCAUCAAUAGUGAAGCUAAUGGAUGAAUCACAAAAUCUAUCCACUUUUUACAUCCAUCAGGCGUACUCCAUGAACGAUUUGUCAAAAAUGUUUUUUUCCCUCCCAAACAUCAUGAGCAGCAUGAGUUCUGAUAGGCCAUAUUUGAUAAAUAAUUAAUCUUUAUGGGAAAAAAGGCACACCUCAGUGCCGGAGAAAAAUGCUAUCACAGCCCUACAGGAUUCUCAACUAUUCCAAAAUUUGCCAGGUAGCUCAAUUACGGAUGGGGAGAGGCCGUUAUGAGGAUCGGCUCCGUCGUGUUCUCCUGAUUGAUCCACAUACCCUUAGUAGUCCUAUAGCCUAAGAAAUUAUUUUCUCCAAUUCAUUGAUUUAGGAAGUUGCACAGUUUUAGACGUUCCCAUUGGUGCAACGAAUAUAACGGUCAAUGAAGAAGUGGAAGACUGGAAUUUUCUGGGUAAGGGUUUCUCUGUUCGAUUGAUAAAGUUUAAAAUUUCCAGUUGGAACCGCUCCCAGAUAUGAGCGUAGAUUCCUGUAAACACAUAGGCAUUGGAGGAGGUAAACUGAAGUAGGUGACUAUUGCAAUAAGCAGUAGUUCUCGGUGCUGUUGAGGUUGUGGGAAUGAUCGCCUUAGGAUACGUGUUGGGUGAGUCUUAUAGGCGCUGGACCUCGGCAAGAGAGGUGCGAAUGCAAGCCCUGGCCUGUUUAUUGUGUCGUGUUCUUGGCGAGGCUCUCUACUCUCACGCUACUUUUUGUACUCUUGUACUGAUGAGUAAACAUGAAUACCAAACCAAGGCUUCAUUUAAUGUUAACCGAAAAGUCACAGCAGAUUUAUCUUUAAUCGUUUUUCUAUUCAUGACCCAAGGUGUAAAAGAUGAUUCUGGAAAAGACAUAUACCCUGUGACGCGUACAUGGAGUAUAUCUAAACACGCUGCAGGGACCAUUGUGUAUUAUUAUCACGAAAAGAACGAAGACGCUGAUAGAGUCUUCAUUCCCGGACCAACCAAUGAACAUCUUCAAGUCUACGUAAGAGGGGGGUCGAUGUUAUUUACUUGAUACCCUCAUAAAGCUCUGUUAUAUGCUUAUUAUCCCUCUUUCCCCUCAUCAGAUUGAUUGGCAGUCAGUUUACUUAAGUCUCCGGUUUACAUUCUGAUGGCAAAGACUGAUCCUUCGUCCAUUCCACCUGAAAACCGUUCGAUCUCCCAAAAUCCUCCAACCCCCCCCCCCCCCCCCCCUCCCAGGUGAUAAAUAAUCCAACACCAUACUCAGACAUAUAUUCAUUGGGUAUGGCAGAAAGUUAAGACAAUAAAUCUUAUUGACUCUUAUUUCGAUUUUCGAAAAAAUGCGCAAGUAUAAAAGGAAUGCUUCAGAGAAAACUGUUUGUUCUCCCUGUUGUGUCCAGUCUUGAGGUUUUCACUUAAUCUGCCGCUGGAAAUUAACAUACGACAUGAACAAUGUCUAUUCAUACCGAAAUUUUAUAAUCAAAAGUGGUUAAUUAAUUGAAUUUUCCGAGAACCGUGGAAACGGAAAUGAAUGACAGCGGUUGGAAAUGGGCAACUUGUACAAACGCUAACCGUCAGAAAUCAAUGGCGUUCUCUAACCGAGGCCUUUUGUACAUGGACGCACAAAGAAGACCAACUAAUUGAAAUUGCUAGAUGACCAAUCAGUAGAUUAAGCUUCAAACACUUCUUCUCUUCUGGUGUAUUUGUAGUAUAAGCAAUAUGUUGCAAGGCAGCCAGUGGAUUACUCGCUUAAUGAACCUGCUGGCGAUGAACAUUUAAAACCAGGAGCAGCUAAUUGGGUUAAAGGCGAAUGGAAUGUAUGCACACACUCAUGUGCAGGAGGUAGGAUGAUUCAACAAAACCUAGUGAUUUAUAAAUAAAGGGGGUAAGUUUCUGAAGAAACUGUGGUGCUGCGUCGGUAGGAGAGUCUAACAGGGUAAUUUAGUGUUAUCAACUGAGUUGAAAACGUAAAUUGGCCAUCCUAAAGAGUUUAAAGGCUGACGUUUCGCGCGUUAGCCCUUCGUCAAUCGCUUUGACAAGGGGCUAACGCGCGAAACGUCAGCCUUUAAACUCUUUACGAUGACCAAUGGCUUAGAACUCCGUUACCUCGAGCUUUUUGUUUCGUCGAACUUGAGAAUUAUUUAGUUUUGAAAAAUUUAACUCACCUUAAUUUCUUUAUUAUCAUUUAUAAGGAAUUCAAAUUAGGACAGUGGAAUGUAUCUUGCAAACAGAUGCGACUUAUUUAAAUGAUGCCGUUUGCGAAAAAACAACUCCAAAACCCGCUAAACAGCAGGACUGUAACACUCAGAGCUGUCCUCCUACGUAAGUAAAUCAAAAUUUCCAGCUCAUCAUGUUUUUUAAACCCCGAAGGAAACCAAAAAAAGAGAGAUAAAUUAAUCGAUUUGUAGAAACUAUCUCUCUAUAUUAUCUUCUUUCCCACAGUCAUCGUACUAGUAUUUUGUUCAGACAUCAUUUUGACGUUAAUUAACGUUUAAUAAUGUCCGGCCCUAAAUCGCGAACAAAAUCUAAUUUUUUUAUUACUGUAUCUGUUAUUACUGUUAUUUACAUGUUUGCUUGUUGUUUACCGUCUAGUUGGUACGUAUCUGGAUGGCGUCCAUGUUCUAAGACUUGUGGUAAAGGAGCGCAAACACGUGAAGUCGUUUGUCGACAAGAGGUAACCAGAGGAAAAUUCCAAACACUAUCCGACUCCAAAUGCACAGGCAACAAACCGUCUGACCCGGUGUCACGUGACUGCAAUAAGAUAGACUGCCCUGCUGAAAACGUUCCAGGAGAUUGGUCAGCCGUAAGUGAAAUUAAGAAAGUCAUAACAGACAAAUAUGCCAGGGUUUCGCCGAGAGCUAGUAAAUAUGUCUGUCGAUCUGAAAAAAUUGUCUAAAUUGGCUAAACUGUCCCGUACUAAAAUACUAUGAUGGACAUUUUGGGGUCCUUUGAACAGAUGGCGUAGAUAUUGAUGGAGUAUGGCACACGACUUGAGGGGGGGGGCAGAUAUCAAUUUUUGCGAACGACGAGUUAGUAGAGUCAAGCAAGUCUUUAAAAAGCAGACAUCGUUCCCUUCCGAAAGUUCAUUGACUACAUCGAUCACUUGUGAUGUGCCUCAUUGCUUAUAUGAUAAAACAAAAUCAUUUGUAUUGUUAUUUACAGUGUUCCACUUCAUGCGGAGCGGGAAUCAAAACCAGGAAAAAGUCUUGUCAGCGGUUAAAAGAGACAGGUGUGUUUGAGCCUGUUCCGGAGGUCAUGUGUUCGGCAGCAACUGUUCCCCCUUUACAAGAAGGCUGCAAUCAGGAUGUAAAAUGCCCAGGUAUAAUUAUAAUAAUAAUUGUAGUUAUUAUUAUUAUAAUAAUAAUAAUAAUAAUAAUAAGAGAUAACGAGUGUAUUAGCAAGCGAACACACAAUAGAGCGAAAAAGUGGAGAAACUAACAGCAGGCGAAUGGACGAACCGGUGAACGAUGAAAUAAACAAAAAAAAGGGAAAAUAGAACGAACGAACGAAAAACUAAAGGUUAGAACGAGUUAAUUUUUCGUUUGGUAAAGUAUCAUUUCCGCAUGCAUCCUUAAAAAGAAUGUUAAAUUUCACUUAUUCGAAGGCUCUAGCCAAUAAACCAACUAAUAAGCUGCUUCAAAAUGUUACUAUUAUCAUCAUUAUUGAUAUUAUGAGUACUAUUAUUUUUAUCAUCACCCUCAUUAAUAUCAGUAUAAUCAUUACUAUAGUCAUUCUGAUCUUUCUCGUAGUUAUUUCUAUCUAUACACCACUCUUUUCCAAAUCCUCAGGUGAUCGCCUGUACGAACCAUUAGGGUGUUUCAGAGACGGUAACCCUAGAGCCUUACCACUACCGAUCAAAAACUUAAGGAAGGGCAUUAACUGGCGUGACAUGUCCGAGACCGUGGCGAAAUGCGCCAAGGCGACAGCAGAGACAGAUCCUAGUCUGAAGGUGUUCGGCCUUCAAUUCUACGGUGAAUGUUUCUCCGGUACCAAUGGUUUAAAGACAUACGAUAAAUACGGUGCCCUGCCUUACGGUGAAGAUAAAAUUGAACAUUGUUGGGAAGGAGUGGGAAGCGCUGGAAUCAAUUUUGUUUACAAGUUUGUCGACUAAAGUGGUAUGUGUGCCUCAAAUACUCAGGUUUGGUCUGUCUAAACGGGGCCGGGAAACUGGAUCGAGUGAAUGAACAUAAUGGAAUAUGGUCAUGAGACUUCCAGAGAAAAAUGUGGGAAAUGCUUUAAAACGAAAUGAAAGAAAACACUUAUGUUGAAUUUUCUCUUAGCAACCCUAGCAAUAAGUUCACGUGCUCGCCUCAGCAUGCAUGUCCGAGCAGUCAUGGCCGCUUGUCCCUUUUCCUCUACUUUGUGAUUCUUAGAUUGUAACAAACUACGGAAGUUAAAAUGUCUGUUCGCCAAGUCCCCUUCAAUCGUGAAAGAUAGUCAUUUAGUUGUAAUGUUGACUUGUAUUCUCCGAGAGUAGAUGUAAAAGCCGUUUCUGUUUAUGAGUGAGCACCGAGCACCAAGCUACAACGUCUCAAAGUAGCAUCGAUUCUAUUUUUCCUUUUCCCCCUUCUGCUGAAUCCCCUCUCCAAUGGGUGGUUAAUUGUACUGAUGUGACCGUGCUCCCAAACUUGUUUACUAGCCACAAUUUUUUUUUUGAGUUUGAUACAUCUACAAGGAAAAUAUAGAAUGUAUGUUUUGUAGCACGAUGAUGAUGUUUUGCUAUUAGCCGGUUCUGUUUGCCAACUAAGGACCUUAAACAGUCAGGACGGCAACGCCAAGGAAGACUUCGAUUAAAAAUGAAUUUCUGCCUUAAAUUAGAAUUUCAAAAAUGGCUGCAUUUGUUUACCGUCUCAUACGGCGCCACACCUCUACUUCAGCAAAACGUUUAAAGAAGCGUUGAGUUCCAUAUGGAAAUUAAAAUAAUUUGCCGUCGCGGUUUCGGUUCGCAGACGACGCAAAUUGUGAUGAUUUCACGUUGUUGUUUUGUAUAGGACGGCUAAGAAAUGUACAAAGUUUUAAAAUGCACGUGUUGAGCUAUUGUUCUGCCAAUUAGAUCUUUUGUUUUUCCACGUCCUCGUUGCCGUUGCUGUCGUGGUUUGCUAAAGGUCCCUAUUUAAAGUGAGAAGGGAGGCAUAUAACGGUCACUCGAAAAGUAUGACCAACUCACAAGGCAAAACUAUUGAGGAGCUUCUGGGCUUACUCUUAAGAGGGCUGAUAUCUUUACAGAGAAUGAGUUUAUUGGGGAUCACAAGCAAAGCAAAAGAACCUGGGAUUUAUGAAGCAAACCCAAAGAAAUGUUAGGGAAGAGAGGGAAUAACUUCCUAACUAACAUUUCACACAGAGGAGAAGCAAAACUCCAUGUCAAUCACUAACUUUACAUUUUCUGCGUUAUUUUUUUCCGCAGGAUUGGACUGAUGAUAAAACCUCUCUGAAUACGAUGUGAAGAAUACUCAAACAAGAUCAAUGAAAAAGGAAUUACGGAAAAAAAAUAUCAACCACCUAACAUAACAGUUUAUGUAGUUACGAAUACUUGGCGCCAUUUUUCUUCCGUUUGCAAAAAAAAAACUUACUGUUAAGGUAUCAUGGGUGAAAUAUUAAACAGUCUAAAUAAACAAAGCUUG